AUGGCUUCAAUCUCGGCCCCUACUCCUCCCCGCAGUCUCUUUUUCCCUGCCUCCCUCCGACACUCCAAAAGCCGUCGUUCCUCCCUUUCCCCUUCUCCAGCAUCCCCUAGGUUUCCCGAUCCCUCUCUUUGUCGCUGCACCAAUUCCUCUUCUUCCUCUUCCUCAUCGGAUAACCCGGGCCUGCGAUGGGAUGCUUUGAUUCAGGACGUUGUCAAGGGCGCAAUGAAAAGGUUGGAAUCCAUUAUCGGGAAUCCAGCCCAAGAGGGCUUGGACGAGGGACCCGUCGUGGAGAGAGGAAUCCGAGAAGAAUGUGAAGACGAAGGACAUGAAUGGGAUUGGGAUCGCUGGAGGAGGCAUUUCGAGGAGGUCGAUGACCAGGAGCGGCUCGUCUCUGUCUUGAAGUCUCAGUUGAGUUAUGCUGUACAUAAGGAAGAUUAUGGAGAUGCUGCUAGGCUCAAGGUUGCAAUUGCAGCUGCAGCAAUGAACGACACCGUGGGCAAAGUGAUGACACAUCUGGUGAAAGCAGUAGUUGAAGAGCGCUAUCAGGAGGCAGCUUUCUUACGGGAUCAUGCUGGUGCUGGACUGGUGGGCUGGUGGUCUGGUGUCUCUGAUGAAGUGCGUGAUCCUUAUGGCUUGAUUGUGCGCAUAACUGCAGAGCAUGGGAGAUAUGUUGCCAGAAGCUACAGUCCUCGUCAGCUCGUUACAUCUGCAGCAGGUGUUCCCCUGUUUGAGAUCUUUCUUACGGUGAAUACAAAUGGCGAAUACAAACAAAAGGCUGUUUACCUGAAAAGAAAAGAGCAUCCUCAAGGUCCUUCAAAGCUGGCAUCGAUAGCACCAAGUGGACCCAGUCGGUUAAGUCGUUCUGGGCCAACCGAACAGAAAGAUGAUCUGUUUGUUGUAACUACUGAUGAGACCGAGGAUGAUGAGGAUACAGAAGAUGGUUCUGAUCCAGCUGAUGGAUUUCCUGGUUUUAACAAUAUCAUGCGAGAUAUGAUACCUGGUGUGAAGGUCAAAAUUUUGAAAGUGACAACACCUGCAAAGAUGGAUAGGGAGUUCAUAGCCAAGGUGAUAGAUGAUCUAGUGGAUGAAGAAGAUUAUAUGAAGGAUGUUGACUUGGAAAGUACUGAAGGUGAAGAUGAUAUUGAGGAAAGUGAGGAAGAAGGAGAUGAGAUUGACAUAGAUGCUGCUAGUGAGAUGAUUGAUAGUGUAGAGAAUGGUGAGAUAUCAAUUAAGGUUGUGGUGGGAGGUCUUGCUCAGAGGCCUUCAUCCUCUGUGGCUGGAGAAGAUAAUGUUAGGGUACCAAUUAAGUUAGAGAAAAAGGGGUACAGGUCAUUUUCCCUGUCUGUAGAACAAGAGACCAACAAACAGGAUGCUGGCGCCAAGGAAUUGGAUGCUAGUGAGAAACAAGGGCAGCGCACUCUGGACCAAGUUAUGUUUGACCUUACUAAAUUCAUUGGCCCUGAGAAAAUUCCGUUGAAGGUGCUGAAAGAUCUUAGUGAGCUAGUAAGUGUUAGCCUCAGUCAAGCUCGAAACCGUCAACCAUUGUCUGGCUCAACAACAUUUCAUCGAAUUGAUAUAUCAGCCUCGCCAGACCCUUUGAGUGGACUGUAUGUAGGUGCACAUGGGCUGUACACGUCAGAAGUUAUACACUUGCAACGCAAAGUCGGUCAAUGGAAAGAUGAUGGAGUGUCUAAGGAGGCUUCUAGAAUUGAGUUCUAUGAAUAUGUUGAGGCAGUGAAAUUAACUGGAGAUCCUUAUGUACCUGCUGGGGAGGUAGCAUUUCGGGCCAAAGUCGGUAAACAAUACCAGCUUCCUCACAGAGGUAUCAUUCCUGAAGAAUUUGGAGUGAUAGCAAGGUAUAAAGGACAAGGGAGGCUUGCUGAUCCAGGAUUUGGGAACCCUCGAUGGGUUGAUGGUGAACUUGUUAUUCUCGACGGAAAGUACAUUAAAGGAGGACCUAUUGUUGGAUUUGUGUAUUGGGCUCCUGAAUAUCACUUCUUGGUGUUCUUCAACCGCCUACGGCUUCCAUAG